AUGUCUAUUAAUGUAUCUAUAAAUAAUGAAUUAUGGAUACAAUCAUGUCCUAAUGAAUUUUCAAUUGAUAAUGAUUCUCAAGUAGGAUGGAUUAAUGGAGAUGAAUCUUUUGAAGAACAAAAAGAUAUAAAUAUAUCGAAAUAUGAUCAAUCAAAUUGUGAAAGUGGAGAAUCUUUAAUAAAUAAUUUUUAUGAUUGUUCUGAAGUAGAUGAUAAUAUGCAUAAUUAUUUAUUAAAAGGUUUACUUGGUGUAAAUGAAACAGAUCAAAGUAUAUUAAAUUUUAAUAGAUUAAAUAAUACAAGAGAAAGAAAGUUAAAUUCAAAUAGUAGUCCUAUAACAUCUAAGCGUGUUUGUUUAAAUAGAGAUAUAAAUAUUAAUAAUACUACAAAUGAAAAUGAAGUAGAUCUUUCAAUUCCUAUAACAUAUGAAUUUAAUUCAAGAUAUGAUUCAUCAACUGAAUUAGAUUCAGGAAGAGGUAGACGUUGGAGUAAUAAUUCAUCUAGAUCAACAGUUUCUAGUUAUUGUAUAAAAUUAGAUGAUGAAUUAUCAUAUGACAUGAAUUCUUUUAAUGAAAAUAUUCAACAUGAAAAUGAUUUUAAUGAUAAUAAUAAUAUAUUAGAUAAAGAAAGUAACAAUUCAAUAGAGAAUACGAAUAAAUCAAAUGGAAAUAAUGAAUUAUUUAUUUCUGAUAUAUGUUCUGAUGAGGAAAAAAUGAAAUUAAGAAGACGAGGAAGACGUAGAAGACCAGGUGAGAUUGAAGCAUGGCAUACAAUUAUACCUAAGACUACAGUUGAAGAUGCAGAACAUUUUGUUCAGACUAGUCAAUAUCGUAUGAGGCAUGUUUAUAGGGAUCCAAGAGCUGUUAGUUUUGUAUAUCGAUGUGUACAACAUGUUGAUUGUCAAUAUGAAAUGAGAAUAUAUUUAACUUCACAUGAAACAUGUUAUGUACAACAUAGAGGAUAUCAUACAGAAGUGAAACAACAAUACAAAAGACCAGGUCUCCCACAACAUACAUUACCUCUAAUUGAUGAGUUAAUCAGAAAGGGAUUACCCCCUAAAUCAGUUAUUGAUCAUGCUAUUCAGAUAUACCCUGAAGUUGUUGAUCAAUCUAAUAUAUCUGUAUUAUAUCGUCAAAUAACAAAUAGACAACAAUAUAUAAGAAAACGGCAAAGGAGUUAUCAUUAG